CUGAGUUCAGUCGGUCGAAGGAGGACGCCCUGGGCAGUCGCUAAUUUAAUUUGGAAGAAAAUAUUUAGAAAACCAUUAAAAAGCUUAUAAUAUUCCCCAAAUAUCUGCGGCAUGUUCAAAGUGUCACAGGAGAUGCGUCUAAAUACCCAAAGCGCUUCGUCCACCUCCACCUCUAAUUCGAGUGGGAGUGGCCUGGAGGGCAAUAGUCCGGAGGAAGGCGGUAUUUUUGGACGCUACCAGCGGACGCCUGAUGCGGAUGCCUAUCCCUCAGAACCGCCGCGGGUUUAUGUGGCGCCCGAGCUGACCGAUGCCCGCAAGGUGCAGCUGCUUCAUUUUCCCAGCGGAGCGGUAAGGGUCAAUAGUUCAAUGGGCUUCAUCAUCAAGCGGAACGGAGUAAAGGGAAAUUUCGAGGUGCGCGUAGAAGGUCCUAGUGGUCAACCCAUCCAACCUGUCCAGCAGCAGCAGUUGGACCCGGAGCGUUUUCAGAUAGAUUGCCGAUUGGAUGCCGGAGCGGGACUUUACAAGGUACACAUCAAGUGCAAUUCCGUAACCUUGCCCCGGUCACCAUUUAUUAUCGUGGCCAUAGCAGGUGCUCCAGAAUCCAUUGAUGGGAGACCAGCAAAUACAUCGGUGUCAAUCCUGGACUCCGAUGCUAGUAAAGUUCACAGUCGAGGCUUGGGUCUAACCCAUGUCAGUUUGGUGGAGCGCAACGAGUUCACAGUGGACUGCAGCCAAGCGGGGAGCAAUAUGCUCUUGGUGGGCGUCCUGGGACAACGAGGUCCCUGCGAAGAGGUGGUUGUCAAGCACUUGGGCCGGAGCAUUCACAGGGUUUCUUACAAGGUUUGCGAUCCCGGUGAUUAUAUGCUUGUAGUCAAAUGGGGGGAGCAACACAUACCGGGAUCCCCGUUUAAUCUAAGUGCCGAAUAGGAUAGGAAAUAAAUGUGUCUGUAAAAAUAAGCUGACCUUGAUUGGAAGCUACUUUCACCCGCCUCCUCGGUGUCCUAUGUCGCACCUUGGAGCGAUGUGCACUUUAAUGAUGAUUACCAAAACAUUAUGGCUACUACAACCAGCGCCUUUGUUGCUUGCCCCGCCACUAAUGACGUUCGCAUUUGAGAGUUGAUGCUGUCUUCGCCUCACAACCUAAUGAUGAUGACCGGCAAAUACGCUUACAUACAUACAUAUAUAGGUAAAAGUGUAUGUUAGAACGAACAAUAAUGCUUACAGUUGCGGUACUCUGAAUAGUAGUGAAGGUACCCAAAAUUCAUACCAAAAUAUCUACAUACAUCCAUGCAUUUAACUUACAUAUUUUAAAUAACCAUCGUGUAACAUAUUUUAGUUAAAUAAUAAUUAUUAUAAUAAUAAUAAUAAUAAUUCGUAUUAGAAUCAUUUCAACAGAUUUAGUAUUUUGUAUAAAAGAGAAAUAUGAUAAAGAUAAUUUUUAAAAUAAUAAAGAUGAUUUCGGAGCCAUAAAUAUGUCAAGUUAUUGAUGAUGAUGAUGACAAAUUUGUUUUCUAAUCCUAAGCGAACCAUGUCGACUAAUAACAUUGCAACAAUACAUUAAACAACAACGGUUUUUACUGUCGAAUACAAAAAAAAAAAAUUAAAUUAAAAAAAAUACUAUGCAAAAGUACUACAGCUAAAGUAAUAACAAAAUAUAAAAUUCCGAUCGCCUCAUCAAAACAAUCUAUAUUCAAAGAAAUUAUGUUAUAAAUAUUUUA